CCUCAUCUCCCCAUCUUCUAACCUCCCUUCCUCAUGGCUUCCUUGUCCAACUUUAUCGACUUCUCCCAGCCGUCCCUCCAAUGGGCCGCGCUGUCAAUCGCCUUUAACCCUAUUUUCUGGAACAUUGUCGCCCGUGCUGAGUAUCGGAGUCACUUCUUGACUCGUAUAUUCGGUAAUGCCUACUACGGCUGCUACUUCCUUGCCGUCACCAUCUUCAGUCUGGGAAUUCUGCGAGAUCAUGUCUACCAAGUGGCCCUGGAAGACCAACCUUACUAUGCCCCUGUGCACCAACCCGUCCUCGGCGGCCUUCUCUUCGCCUUCGGCUCCGUCCUCGUCCUGUCCAGCAUGUAUGCCCUCGGUGUCACCGGCACCUACCUUGGCGACUACUUCGGUAUCCUGAUGGAUGCGCCUGUCACCGGCUUCCCCUUCAACGUCACUGGUUCCCCCAUGUACUGGGGCAGUACCCUGAACUUUUUGGGCGUUGCUCUCUACAAGGGCAAGGUGGCGGGCGUCUUCCUGACGGCCGAGGUCUUCAUCCUGUACUGGUUCGCUCUCCAGUGGGAGGAGUCCCUUCACGGCGGAAAUCUACGCCAAGCGGGAACGCGAGCGUGCCAAAUCCAAGCGCGGCGGCAAGAGCUUGUAAGCCGAGACUUCACGGGAAUCUAUGUCCAGGGGUCUGGAUUACCGCCCAUUUGCCUCCCGCCAGUGGAGCUUGGACCUUUCGACAUCAUUCCAGUCUCGCCAGUCCCUGAGUGGAAACACAGAGCUCGCCAAGCUACUGUUCUGAGUCUACACGGGGCUGCAAAUCAUGGUCGGCUAGGCAGUCUGGUUGUGUCCAGUGAGAAGUGGAAGGAAGGGGUGGAGAGUUAGAACGAGAGCGAGAGCAUGGGGCAGGAUAGGGGAGGCAAUAGCAAUAACAACUGGCUACGUAUAGCCACUGAGAAGGAACGAAAGAAAAAUGAAAGUGGGGUUACAUUGAGAUGCUCAGAUAGAACGGAGAAGAAAAAUCACUACAACAUUGACC